CCGGUCCUAUUUAGCCUGGGUGAAAUCGGUGCUUUUACAGGAGGGAAACUUCGCAGGGCUUUUUAUCCCGAGUUUAAAUACGGUUUCCAUUCAAGGCCGAACGGCAAAGAAAAUAAUAGGUAUUUUAAUUAUACAUAAGACAUGUCUGGUAUAGCUUUAAGCCGACUUGCACAGGAACGAAAGGCCUGGCGAAAAGAUCACCCAUUUGGCUUUGUGGCAGUACCGACCAAGAAUCCUGAUGGAACAAUGAACUUGAUGAACUGGGAGUGUGCCAUCCCUGGAAAGAAAGGGACCCCAUGGGAGGGAGGCUUGUUUAAGCUCCGGAUGCUGUUCAAGGAUGACUAUCCUUCCUCUCCUCCGAAGUGUAAAUUUGAGCCUCCAUUAUUCCAUCCUAACGUAUAUCCGUCUGGUACGGUCUGCCUAUCUAUUUUGGAGGAGGACAAAGACUGGAGGCCAGCCAUCACAAUCAAGCAGAUCUUGUUAGGAAUCCAAGAGCUUCUGAAUGAACCAAAUAUCCAGGAUCCUGCCCAAGCUGAGGCAUAUACAAUUUACUGCCAAAACAGAGUAGAAUAUGAAAAAAGAGUUCGUGCACAAGCCAAAAAAUUUUCCCCAUCAUAAGCAUCAAGACUUAUUCUCUUAAUGGAAGGUAUUGGUUUGGCAAGGGUUAUUUUCUUUUUCUCUUUUCCACAACAAUGUGCUCUCUCAAUUCGAUUCACUGCAGACUUAUUUAAAAAAGAAAUGUAUCUAUAUACAUGCAUAUAUUUUGGUGCCAUGUACUGUCCUUUGCCACUUGUCCUACAUCAAUGUUCUCUCUUGACUUUCUCAUCGACUGCAUUGCGGGUAUGGCGCUUCAGCAGUCCCCACUUGAGCUAGCCUAGUAUUUGUACAGGAGCUCUGAGCAUGUCUGAAAUGCAAUUUGAACAGGAAGGGGGAAAGGGUUUGAGUCUCUUCAUUUCUCGAGUCUUAGUCACUAGUGACAUGCUACAAUGCAGGACUACAACUAUCCAAAUUAACUGUCAUUCUCCUUCAAGUGGAGAACAUAUUUUCUUCUACAGGAACACCAUGGGUUGGCUUGUCUUUCAGUUAUUUUAUUGCGAUUCUGGCUCUUGUUUUCUUUCACAAAGGGUGUACUCCCUCAGUCUUUGUAUUUUCCAUGGUUUUAACGAUGUAAAACUUGCUAUUUCUUUAAUGUCAGUAUUUCAACUGCUGUAAAAUGAAACUUUUAUACUUUCUAUGAUUACACUAGUCUCUAGAUUACUUUCCAUCUCUGAUGCAGGCAUUGUACUCGGCAUGUUGUAAAAUAUAAUAGCAUAUUGCUGCCUUGGCCAUUGAGUGUUCCUCUAAGAAGGAGGGAAAAAUAGCCACAGUGAAUCAAAGGCAGAUUAGCUUAUUUCUGCAUCAGAUAUUUAUAUGGUGUUUUGUUCAUGUGUUUAGAGUAAAUAAAACUGUUUAUACAAA